UCAUCUUUUGAGAGGAGAAGGAGGAGGAAGUAGAAGAAGGGUAAUCCUUACGCUGGCGUUGAGGAAGCCUGUGGUACAGACCAUUGCAUGUUUCUACUUUAACCAUGGCGCAGGAAGCUCCGCCAAUCGCGGGACCGUCCGCUCAACAAAAGGCAACUACAGGGACUCAAACAACGAGUCUUUCCACGAGCCUCAAAUCCCUUAACGCAAGCCCAUUCGUUACGAAGCGCGGCUGGACGACGAUCGCGACAUUUUGGGCCCUGGUGGGCAUCGUCGUUGUAGUGUGGGCCGCCGUGAUCCUGAACAAGGAUGACGAAUCACAAAUCGAAUCUACCCCAGCUCUCCCAGGUGACGAUCGGAAUUCUUCUGCAACAUCGACAGCCCCAGGAGCAUCCAAUACGUCAUCAUCGGAGCAUUCAAAAUCAAUCAGGGCUGAUCGAUUGUGCUCCGCCGAAGAUUGUCCGGAGGUUUACAAAGCAUUCGUUCGGGAGUCCCUUAACCCGUGUGAUGAUUUCCAUGCCUUCGUCUGCGAGGGCACCAAUGCUGCUGUCCAUUCUGAAUCCACGAGACGCUGGAGGAACGAACGGCUCAUGAACUCUAUAAUAAACGCUUCGCUCGCAUUGCAGACGACAAACGGCGCGUCCGAAAAGGCGAGGCGUUACUUUAUGGCAUGCACGACUAGCGAGCAAAGUAAUAAGAACGAAAGCGCGGCAUCUGUGACGAACUAUUUUGCACUCUUGGGGUUCCACAACAGGAACUUCACGGCGAUUGAGAAAUGGCUGCAGCUGCAGUUCGUGCAUGGUAUACCUAUUAUCCUGGAGUUCAACCUGGGAGAUGGCUAUGGCAGGAACGGAACGGAAUACUUAUUUGAAUUGGUGAAAACCAGCGAAUUCAAUAACUGGGUGACGCUGCUUCUCAACAUGACACAUGAUACUCGUGACAGAUUCGUCCAUAUGGUUCUAUCGGCGGCUGGGGCCAGCAUGACGGACUUAGAAGCUCAUAUCAAAGUUGGUGAAGACAGUGUAGUUUCAAUGUUGAGGAGUGAUCCGAGGGGAGACACCAUCAAUACGAAAUUUACCAGCUGGAUGGAGGAAAUGGGCAAUGGAAGUCGGACAGAGAACUGGACAACUGUUUUGACGCGGUUUACCAACGGUAUCCUUCCUGGAGAUUUCUUCGUGCGAAUUGCUACGGAAGAUAAUGUGUUUUUUAUUAACCUGACGCGUAUGGCUGAGGACGUUCUGCAAAAGUACAUUAUUUGGGAAGCUACACGCAUGCUGUAUGUUACUGCAGGGUUAUCGGAUCUGAAAGGGCAGGCGAACGCCCGAUCCCGCUGUUACUCUUUGGUCAUGAGGCACCUUCCGUACGCUUUUGCCUAUCCCUACUUCCUCUCUGCUGUGAAUGAGUCUACAAUACAAGAAGUUCGGAACAUGACUCGUCUGCUCAAAGCUGAAACCAUUAAGAAAAUCUCAAACGUGAAUGACACUUACUUUACACAGACAUCGAGAAAAAUAGCCGAGAUGAAUUUCAUGAUAGGUUACCCGGACGACCUGAACUCCACAGAGGCGAUUGAGGAACACUACAGCAAUUUUACAGUCGAUAAAAAAGUACCCUUCCUGAACAUAUUCAUGAACAUUUCUCGCGUGCACAUUGCCGUCAUACUAGCAGUAAAGGAAUCUAACCUACCGAGUACCAUCGAGUUAACCCGGGUGGUCCCAUACUACGUGAACGACCUGAACGUGGUCAAGAUUCCACCAGCAUCGAUGUUGCCUCCUAGGUAUGGACUAGGAGCACAUGUAGCCGCUAACUACGGUUCCUUCGGUCGCUCCGUUGUUGGAGAAAUGAUGAGGGUAUUUGACGUUCAAGGUUGCACCCGCACAGCUAACGGACAGACGGGAACCGAUACGAUGAUGGAAGAGCGAAACGUCACUUCGGAAUGCGUCAUAAGAAGUAUCAUACGGAGUGGCCACAGUGGAUGUUGGAAGGGAGGCCUUUCUGAAAGUUUCUCCUCUGUCUUGGCGGUCGAUAUUCUCUUCAACGCUUACAAAGAGGCAACUAAAGUAGGCGGGUCUUCCGCUUCGUUCUAUACUCCAGGGAAGACAGACGAUGCAACGUUCUUCGUCAGCUACUGUGCUUCUACAUGUAACGCAGAGCAGCACAGCCAACUGUGUAGCCAGCCCCUUAGAAAUUCUCGAAAUUUUGCACGUGUCUUCUCUUGUCCACCAUCGUCAUAUAUGAACGCGUCAACGAAGUGUGAUUUCUGAUAUGAUUACGUGAAUAAAUUGGCGGUACAGCAAGGUGAUGAAGUACGGCAA